AUGCUUCAACUGUUGCUGCUCCUAGGCUUUUGCGCCACCAGCGUUUGUCUUCCUCAUCAGUAUCACUUGGUGAAUGAGGGUAAAACCUGGUCUGAAGCCCAGAGCUACUGCAGAGAACAUUAUAUUGACUUAGCCAGCAUUGAUAACAAUGAAGAAACAUCGGCGCUUAUGAACAUGGUAAACUUCAGUAACAACAGCCCAACCUGGAUUGGACUGUAUGAUGAUCUGUACAGCUGGAGAUGGUCUCUGGAUGAUGAUCACUUCUACAAGGAGAAUGAGAGAAACUUCAGAAACUGGGACAUAAGGAAACCUAUAAACUGGGGUGGAAACUCUCAGUGUGUGUACUUUUCACGUUAUGCAUUAUGGUGGGAGAUCUCUUGUUCUUCCACACUCCCAUUCCUUUGCUAUGAUGGGAGAGAGAAUGCCAACGCAAGUUAUGUUUUAGUUUAUCAGAGCAUGAGCUGGACUGAAGCUCAGAGAUACUGCAGAGAACAUCACACAGAUCUGACCAGCGUGAGGAAUGAAACUGAGAACAAGAAGAUAAGAUCUUUGUUAAAUUUGCAUUAUUUUUAUUAUUACGCUGUGUGGAUUGGCCUAUAUAAAACCAGGUCCUGGUCAGAUAAGAGCAACUCUUCUUUCAGCUACUGGAAAGCAGGACAACCAGAUAAUGCUGGACAGCGUGAAUACUGUACAGCUGUGUCAUUCAGUGACUCUGGACAAUGGACAGAUGAAAACUGUGGUCGAGCAUUUCCUUUCUUCUGCUACAGUAUGAUGCCAUCUACUUCAUCUAAUCAUUAUCAUUUUGUUAAUGAGAGUAAGAGCUGGACUGAAGCUCAGAGAUACUGCAGAGAGAAUUACACUGACCUGGCCACCAUUGAUAACAUGGAGGAAAUGAACAGACUCAUUAACACAGUAAAUGGCAGCUACACUGGUUUAGCCUGGAUUGGACUGUAUGAUGAUCUGGACAGCUGGAGAUGGUCUCUGGAUGAUGAGAGUUUCUACAAGGAGGGAGAGAGAGAUUUCAGAGGGUGGGACCAUCAACCUGAUAACUACAUUGGAAGGGAGCUGUGUGUUUACAUACACUCUUAUGGAACAUGGUUUGAUGGACAAUGUGAAACAUAUCACACAUUUGUUUGCUAUAAUGGCAAAAAUGGAGCUGACGACUACAUCUGGAUAAACCAGUACAGGUCUUGGGCAGAUGCUCAGCGUUACUGCAGACAGUUUUACACAGACCUGGCCAGUGUGAGGAACUUAACUGAGAAUCAGAGAAUUGUUAACAUUACAGGUGGCUAUGAUGUCUGGAUUGGUCUCUACAGGACCAGACUCUGGUCAGACCAACACAUUUCCACAUACGAAAACUGGCGACCAGGCACCUCUUACAGAGCUGAAGAACCAGACAAUGGGGCAAAUGUUUUUGGACAGCACGGUGAUCAGCACUGCACUUCUGUAUCAUUCAGUGAUUUAGGCUUGUGGACAGAUGAGAACUGCUUACUCACGCUCCCCUUUGUCUGCUACAGAAAGUUCUGCACAGGGCACUCAUGUGUCAAUCAUCGGUAUCACUUUGUUUACGAGAAAAAGACUUGGACUGAAGCUCAGAGAUACUGCAGAGAGAAUUACACCGACCUGGCCACCAUUGAUAACAUGGAGGAAAUGAACAGACUCGUUAACACAGCAAAUGGAAGAUACUCUGGUUUAGCCUGGAUUGGACUGUAUGAUGAUCUGGACAGCUGGAGAUGGUCUCUGGAUGAUGAGAGUUUGUACAAGGAGAAUGUGACAAAUUUCAGAAACUGGUAUAUACAGAAACCUGUUAACUGGGGAGGAAAAAGUAUGUGUGCAUGUAUAGCUUAUGAUGGGACAUGGCAGGAGAACUCUUGCUCCUCUACAUUCUGGUUCAUUUGCUAUGAUGGGCGGCUGAAUGUCAGUACACCAUAUGUUUUAGUUUAUCAGAGCAUGAACUGGACUGAAGCUCAGAGAUACUGCAGAGAACAUCACACAGACCUGGCCAGUGUGAGGAAUGAAACUGAGAAAAAGAAGAUAAGAUCUUUGUUAAAUUUUUAUUCUUAUUAUUACACUGCAUGGAUUGGCCUGUCUAAAUCCAGGUCCUGGUCAGAUAAGAGCAACUCUUCUUUCAGCUACUGGAAAGCAGGACAACCAGAUAAUGCUGGACAGCGUGAAUACUGUACAGCUGUGUCAUUCAGUGACUCUGGACAAUGGACAGAUGAAAACUGUGGUCACACUCUGCCUUUUCUCUGCUAUAAUGAAAUGACAUCUAAUCGUUAUCAUUUUGUUAAUGAGAGUAAGAGCUGGACUGAAGCUCAGAGAUACUGCAGAGAGAAUUACACUGACCUGGCCACCAUUGAUAACAUGGAGGAAAUGAACAGACUCAUUAACACAGUAAAUGGCAGCUACUCUGGUUUAGCCUGGAUUGGACUGUAUGAUGAUCUGGACAGCUGGAGAUGGUCUCUGGAUGAUGAGAGUUUCUACAAGGAAGGAGAGAGAGAUUUCAGAGGGUGGAACCAUCAACCUGAUAACUAUAAUGGAAAAGAGCUGUGUGUUUACAUGUCUUCAACUGGGGAAUGGUUUGAUGCUUCCUGUACUACCAGAGUGGGAUUCAUUUGCUCUAAUGGUAACGACACACAUGUAUGGGUUUCUGAAGGAAAGACUUGGGCAGAAGCUCAGAGUUUCUGCAGAGAGUAUUACACAGACCUGGCCAGUGUGAGGAGCCGGACUGAGCUGCAGCAAAUCCUGAGAAUUACAAAUGGCAGUGCAGUUUGGAUUGGUCUGUAUAGAAACCGACUGUGGUCAGACCAGAGCAAUUCCACUUUCACUUACUGGAGACCAGAGGUCCAAUUUGCACCAUCAGAGCCUGAUAAUGGUGUGUACACAUAUGAACAAUAUGGAAAUCAGCACUGUACAGCUGUGCAUUAUUUAGGCUACUGGACAGAUGAAGACUGCCUGUCCAGUUUCCCAUUCAUCUGCUACAGUGCUUCUGUCAUGGGACUGCGAAUGAAGGUCAAAGCUGGGAAAAAUAUGUCAGAAUCAGAAAUCAAAGGAAUGGUGUUGAUGCAUCUUCAAGACAAAUUCGCUGGAUUGGUACUUUCCAGCUCCUUCUCUAUAAAUGUGACAAAGAUCUGGAGGACAAGUCCCUGA